AUGGGAAGGGGCCGAGUUGCGACUAACAUUAUCGAUCUUGUCUUGGGUCCAGCCCUUAGAAGGAAUAAUCCUUAUCCUUCUGGGAUUGCAACCGAUCCUCCUCCCAAGUCAGUUGAUUUAGAGGAGGACGUGGAUCCCAAUGAAUAUUAUGUGUCCAUCACUGAAACUGCCCAUGGUUGGGAAAUUCAUGCCAAGUACUUUGAAGUUGAUGAUAUUGACGUUGUAAUAGGUCUUGCUAAAGCAAGUCUUCAACAGAAGUUUGAUCUUAGCUCGAGGACAAUGAAUAAGGACAAAGAAGUGAAGAAGGUGUUGCGAAAAUGCAAUACUUUGAAGGCUAAUUAUGUGAAGGCGGCUGGGGAGAUUGAUCGACUUAAAUCUGAAGUUGCAAGACAUUGUGAGCUGAAUGAAGAGCUUAACAAAAUACUAAAGGAGGUCGUCAAGUCCAAGAAGGUAGCCUUGAAUGAAGCUUCUCACUUAGAGCAACUUCAAGGGGCAAUGUAA